UCGAGCAGGAGACGGGGAUUGGGUAGUGACAACAGCAGCAGCUGGUGACGGCGGCGGUGGUGGAGGAGGAGGAGGAGGAAGAAGCUAGACUGGAGCUCAAGAGUGGCGCUCCGAAGUAAUGGACAGCAUUUAAGCCACAGCGGUUUUCUGCCAACCAGGUGAGACGUCAGUUGAGUCAUGGAGGACGACGGCAGAUUCAUAGAGUUUGAUGUGCCAGAGUUCAGCAACACUGUACUUAAGCAGCUCAAUGAACUGCGGCUCCAGGGUAAGCUCUGUGAUAUUAUUGUGCACAUCCAAGGCCGACCAUUCCAGGCUCACAAAGCUGUGCUGGCUGCCAGUUCACCGUACUUCCGUGACCACUCGUCUCUAGGCACCAUGAGUGGACUCUCCAUCUCGGUGAUCAAGAACCCUGCAGUGUUUGAGCAGCUAUUAACCUUUUGCUAUACGGGACACAUGGAACUAUGUCUACGUGAUGUUGUAAGCUUCCUUACGGCUGCCAGCUUCCUGCAAAUGCAGGCUGUCAUUGACAAGUGUACACAAAUCCUGGAGGGCCUCCACUCAAAGAUUAGUCUGCCUGUGGUUUCUGGCCGAGCAGAAGCUGAAGAAGACCUCGAUUCUAGAGCUAGACUCAAUGGUGCAAAAGAUGUGGGCAUUUUUUUGAAUCCGACCCAGAUUUCCCCACCUUACUACCCUAGGAAAAGCUAUCGAGUAGAGGCAAGUGGAGGUGGAAAAGGGCUUGCACACUUAACAGAGGAAGGGCAGUCGGAUCGAGGGAGUGAUUGCACUUCAGAGCAGGAGGCAUCUAUGGAAGUAGAGCCGGAUCAAGUGGACAUAAUUGAGAAGAAUGGGCAAGUCACCGACAUACAAAUCAAGAUGGAAAAAACGGAGCGGCCCACCUACUCAGACAGCUCGUCAGCGGGUGAUGAUAGCUACCACACAGAACUAGUGGAUGGUGAGCAAGUUCUAGCUGUGACUGUAGGACCUUAUGGGCCAGUGCCAUCCUCUGCUCAGUGCACCUAUUCGGCACUCUCUUCAUCCAGCUUUGUUGGUAUCAGUCCAUCCAGUCCCUCUCAGUCAAUUCUCAGCGGAUUUCGAGGUGGCCGCACCAGACCGAAGCGCUGUACGCCAGUCCCAGCUGAUGUAAUUUCUCAGCUUAAACCAGGCACAGAGGAUGGAGAUGGAAUAGCAUCAGGAGUUGUUUUUGAGAAUGAUGUGAGGGAACGAGGUCUCCGUGGCCAUUGGUAUCCUUUUAAUGAGCGUCUUGUGUGUGUCUAUUGCGGCAAGUCCUUCAACCAGAAAGGCAGCCUGGACCGCCACAUGCGUUUGCACAUGGGCAUUACUCCAUUCGUGUGCAAGUACUGUGGCAAGAAGUACACUCGCAAAGACCAACUAGAGUAUCACAUCCGUGGUCACACAGACAAUAAACCCUUCCACUGCCAAAUCUGUGGCAAGUGCUUCCCUUUUCAAGGCACCCUCAAUCAGCACUUGCGUAAGAAGCACAUGGGUUCUGGUGUUGAGAUGAACAACCACACAGGCCCACAAGGUGAAGCAGCAGAUGGCCAGAAAGGGGCACCAGUGGAGGUCUCAGAGAACGUCUACAGUGAUGCAUAUAACAAUGAUGAGUCUACAAAAAUCACAAGCGAGGAGAAUGUAAAAGGCAGUGCUGAAGAACCACCUGGGUCCAGAUGUGAUUUUUAAGUAAUCAAGAUAAUAGUGAGUUUCAUUCUGCAAUGCGCAGCCUUUAAAGUAGAUGUUGAACCUGCCUUGCACAUUUUCUACUUGUGCAUUUUUGUGAUCUGGUUUAAGAAGAGAUACUGCAUUCUUAAUAAGCAAGUUUUUCAAAGGUGAGGGGAAUUGCUGGCAAGGAGAAGGAUUGAGUGGGACAUCUCAAUAAUUAAGGCCUUUAAAGAGUUUUUUUUAUAUUUUAUAUAGAUAAAUAUUUCCAUGUUUUUAAGCAUAGAGUAAUAUAGGCAUGUUGCAAUAAUGAAUAAUGUGAAAGCUCAGAUAAGAUGCUUGUCAUAUCAUGCUUUUACCUGACCUGUUUUUGCACAUUUGGCCUUAAGUAGGCUAAUAACUCAAAAGGAUUGGUUUUACCUACCAGUGCAAAAGCUCUGUGACACAUCUGUUCAAUACCUCAUCAUACAAUGUAACAUAUUCACAGUAAGACAGUAUUUGUCAGUUUAUUUAACUCCAACUGGGUUCUUUCUCAGUCCAGAACCUGAAAGGAAGUCAAUAAGCAUCUUGUUUUAAAGGUUUCAGUUGCUUUUACCUAGUAAUAUUGGCACAACACAUUUCCACUACACACAGCCUUGGUACUACAGUGAACUUUCUUUGAGCCUGUAUUAAAAUCCAAACUGCUUUCAGUAGAUUUGUUAAAAAUGCUAUAUGUUUUUGAGAGGUGCUUUUUGGGUGGUUAGAGUUAUGGGUUAUAGUCUACAUGCUCUAUGCAGAAUUAUGGAUGGGGAGUUAAACAAACCAAUAUUGUGAGUUGUAUAGUUUUUAUAAUUUACAACAACAGAAAAUAAAUAUCAAACCAAACCAAUUGAUUAUAAUACAAGAAAACAUAUUUUUAGAUUUUACUACAAGAAAGACAGUCUAAUCAAAAAAGAUAAAAUCAGAAGAGCUAAUGUUGAUUUGAGUUUUACUGUUGCAGUGCAUAUUUGCUAGUUUUGCUGGGCCAUAGUUCCCACUCUAAAAAUCCUAAUGCUCAAAAUUCUCUCUGAGCAGCACAAUUAUAUUCUCAGUACUGAAAAUCAUGCCAAAACUCCUCAACACUAAACAACCAUUAAAUGCAUUCUUAAAAUAGUGUAAGAUGAGUGUCGCUUUACAUGGUUUUGAUGAGCCACAUCAGCCAGCUUGGGGAUGAAUGUCUUUUGUUGCCUUUAAAGAACUUUUCAGUUUUUUCUGUCAAUUUCAGUUCUCUUGGUAUGAUCUUAAAUACUAUCUUUUAGAAGAACUUCACAUCAUUUUUAGAAUUUAGAAUUUCUAAGCUCCUUUUCCAGAGUUAACACUCAAAUUUCUUUCCCAUUUGACAAAGUACUAAUCAGAAUAUAUCCUGUUUUCUAGAUACAUCAACUGUCUGCAAGAAAACAUUAAUGAUACCUCUAUUUUCAAUCAAUCAUUUACAUAUUUAUGAUUGCAAUUUUUAGACCUAAAAGUAUGGUUUGAGCUUGUAGAUCUGGAAUUGAUUCUAUUAGUGUGUUUGGCUAACACUGAGAGGAACACUGCUGCACCAUUAGUCAUAUAUUAGACUCUGGAAAUUUUCUCUAAAUAGUACUGUUGGGAAAUCUAUAUUAAUCUUAAGCCUUCAGGCUAAAAGCAGUAUGAACAGUUGGCUUUGAAAGCACACAGGUUUUGUCCCUAAUAACGAAACUUUAUGUAGAGCAAAUAUUAUGUAAUCUGCAUGACUAAGAUUUUCAUUCUUCACUGACCAACAUUAGAUAAGUCAGGUGAAAAGGUUUACCUGUGACAAUCUCUGGAUAUUUUUUCCCAAGUGUUUUGGGGGGAAAAAAAACAAAACAAAAAAACACUGACUCACAAUGCUCUAUUUGUACUCUUCAAAAUUUGUGUUAGUAAUUCAGUCACUGUAAACAUCGAGUGCUCUUUGCCCUGCGAGACUCUCGUGCAGAUUGCUCCAGGGCUUGCAUGGCUUCCUUAACACAUACCACUUAUGCUAGGCAUUUCUUAUUUGCUAUUGAAUAUAUAGCACUUAAUCUGAAAUAAUUUGUUGUUAGCCUGUGUCGGCUGUAUUAUGUUUUUCCUCAUUUAACAGUUAACACACAACAUCAUCUUCCUUAGACCAAAGCAGGUGGUUUUAUGGUUAACAUACAAAUGGUGCUUCUUUUUUUUUGUUUGUUUUUCAUUAUUUUAUAGACACAGUUUAUUUAAAUCAGUUUGUCUUUGUAUUUGUAUGUUUUAUAUUGUGAGUACUUUCAAGGAAACUGUCAAACCCUUGGUCUUAAAAAGGCUUGUUAUGUAAUGUGUGAUUCCGCACUGAGAAAAGUAGCAGUGCUUCAGAGAAUCCUGUGGAGGUUCUGCUUUCUUUCCUUGUGGAGGUUUCCUUACAUGUUUUAUUUAGAUUUUUUUUUAUCCUUUUUCUUUCAUCCUUUUUUUUUUUUUUUUUUUGUCUUUUUAUUGUGAAAAAUCAGUCAAAAGGUUUCAAAGCCUAGGUUUGUAAGCAGGCAUAAACUGAUGGUUUCUAGUUUGAUAUGUGUGCUGAUGAUGGCUGUAUCAGUCAGCAGUGAUUUUCUGGUGGUCGUUCUCUAUUUUGGGAAUGAAGAGUAGCUGACCUUCUCCUCAACAACAGAUAGACUCCAGUUUAUUAUUUACCUACCAUAUGUUGUAUGUAAACAUCCUAGUGCACACAGCCAUUGUUCUGAUGAAAAUGACAUGUUUUUGAUUAUAUAUAGUAAAGAGAUUAAUGUCUGCCUAAUAGUCGAUGCAAUCUUGGCCACUAACCAAAGAUCAAGCCAAAAAAAAAAAUAGUGAUAGUUAAAUAUGCUGCACAGUUGAGUGUUGGGAUCAAACCCAAAUCCCACAACCAUCGAGAAAUCAUGAAGUUAUUUUCUAGCCCAACAUCCACUGGGUACUGGUGUUUGAGUUCUUGCUUUUUCAUUUUUGUUUUGUUUUGUUUUUGUUUUAACUGUGUCUGAACAAAGGACAAAAUCUGCUUAAGUGCAGUUAAGAUAAAUGUGACUUAAGCCAUAAACACGUAAUAGCAGUGGUCGGAUGACUGGAUGUGUUUAUUUCUUUAAAGAACAAAUGAGUUCGAAACAUCAGUUCUUAUUAAAUAAUCUGUAUUAGGAUUGAAUCUGUGCCUUGCCCCACAAGAAAUGCUCAUUUACCUGUUAUACCUUUUUUCUUUUUCAGUUACGGGAAAAAGAAAAGUUUGUGCAUAAAUCAGUUCAUUUUGGUCCAUGUGUAUCUAUUAAGCAAUUGACAUUUAUGCUUAUUAACACCACUUGUCAGGGUUCUCGCUUUAUAAAUGCAUAUAAUCUUGUACCUGUUGCUUUUGUGUGUUAUACUAUGUGUUAAAGUUUUACAGAGUUAAGAAGUUAAAUGCAGUAGCAGAGUUGUUGCAUUAAUAAAUGUAAUAUGCAGUUUUGACCGGAAGAGAUUGUAGCAGGUCAUAAAGGGACAAUCAGACAGCUUCAUACACGCGAAGCUACCUCUUGAAAUAAGUGAUAUUAUACCUUUGACUAUUGAAUUUAACUUUUAAUUAGUUUUUUGGCAUGAAUGAAUCCUUUUAUUAUGCCAGCCACUCUGCAGUUUAAUAUUGAAGUGCAUGCUAGACCACUUGUAGAUGUAGAAAUGUACUGCAUGGUGGUUACCACAUUUAUAACAAACGCAGAGAUGGAGAUCUGUAUUUCUGUUUAUAAAUUUUAUUUUCAUUUUAAAUGUAAUUGUCUGGCAUGCACUUACGAUGAGCUUUCCUUUUUUAUUGUAAUCAAAAGAUAUUCUAGAUAGAGGGGACUAGCUUACAAUAUCUUUCUCCUCUUAAAUGGGACGCAAAUAUAAGGCCUCAAAUAUUUCACGUCUAGGGAGUUUUAAUGGUGCUUUUAGACUGGUCAGGUUUAUUUGAUUUCCUCUACUAAUACAUAUGUACAUAAGGGGCAUAGUGGUGAUUUUAAAUAUGUUCGAGUAUAACGAGAUUAGUGUCAAUCAACACAUUUUGACAAGAUAUCUGUUGUUCACUGUUUGUGUUCAAAUAACAGAAUGGCCAGGCAGUUACUGUGAGCUGUGAGCAUGAAUUAGAAUGAAGGGUUCACAGGAAUAGAUCUAGGACUACUUUAAGAAUUUUCAGCUUGUCCUUGUAUUAAAGCUGACUUGCUUCAGGUAGUUUAUGAACACUGAUAUUAGUUACAAGUCUUCCAUUGCUUUUCUGCUUCCAACAUGUCCCCACUGUGUGAUGCAAAAGCAAUAUCCUUUUUUAAACCAGUUUGACACUGCAGUCUGUUGCACAUUACAGAAGAAUCAAGACUCAAUGUGAGUGCUAUCAGUGAUAUCAGGGAGCCAUGGAGAUGAUGGUUAUAUGAUUAUAACUUAGAGUUUGUGAAAACUUGGAUACGUUGUGUGAAAAUGAUUCAAAGUUUGGCUUCUUGAUUUACUACACUUCAUAGGCCAUGUAUCAGCUGAAAGCUAUGAGUUUCUGAGCCUCACAGAUGAUUUGUUUGUGCGUUUGUCAACCUUGACUAUCCAUCUGCCAUGUCACUACAGUCAUUUCAAUGCUGUAUCUGUAUCAGAUGUGGAAAAGCAGCCUGGUUGGGAUGUGCUGCUUCCCUGAGAACCAGAAGAUCUCUUCUACAUCCUCAUGUACUGGGACUACAGAUCAAAUGAAGACUGUCAGCACUUGUGUACACUGCACUGAAAGUAAUAAGUAUGUCUUCUCGGUGGAUUUCUGCUAUCGAACAGUCCCUGGAAUUCUGUUUGCUUCUAGUUCUCAUGUAUUCUGUGAUGUGGCAAAAAUGUACAACUCAGGGUUUACUAGUAUUCAGCUAUGGCCACUUUGGACAUGCAGUGCAUUUUGUAUGUUCAAAUUAAUCAUGCACUUUUACUUCAGGUUGGGGAAGCAAGUCCUCAGUCAGUGGUUCCCAAAAAAAUCAGUCUGCCUCAUGGGUGUCUAAAACACCCAACCUCUUUUUCCGUUUUUACUUUCUGUAUCCAUGGGCUGAGCACAGGGCUUUAGCAUAGAGGAAACGCUGGGGAUCUCUUAAGCAUUUUCCAUGGAAAUAUCUCUGUCAUCCACUAUAUUAACAACCUCACAACCCCUACUGUGAACCUCAGAAAUUCUACUGUUUUAUACACUUAUGAAGUACAUUAAAGCUAGCUGGUGCCAACGCUGUAAACAUUAACUCGCCAUUUUUUAAUUUUGUUCAUAGCAUGAAAUAAUAUUUAUUCAAAUGACAUUUUGCUCAUAAUCAUUCUGUGCUGCUUUUUUGUUUUGUUUUACAGAGCUUGUAAAUUGCUUUUUUAUGAUCUAUAAAUGACAAUAGAUGCACAAAAUGCAAACUGCAUUUAUUCGUAAAAUAAAAAUGCUGAUUUAGCAAA